CAACGCAGCACGCAAUUUUGGACGCGCUGCGUGGUUUCAGAGUCGGCUGUAACUUGUCUCACUUUGUAAUCAUCAGGAAAAGUUCCUGAUGCCAGUCUUCCAAACGCUCAAUGAAAUUAAUAAAAAACAGCACCGCAGAAGAGGCUGAGAUGCAACGACAAAAGUUGUCGUAAUUAUUAAUAAUACCUAACCCUGGAUUACUCCCCUGAAAGAUCUGUAUCUUUGCAGCAGGCGCAAUUCAGUUUGGUUUCACCCAAAACAAAAAUGGUCUCCGUCGGAGUCCAUUUCCUGUGGGGACCAAUCAGAAUAUCGAAUACAGGGCACGGGGCCCGCACUUCCGCCCGGUCUUCCUGGUCUCUCUAAUCGCGCCAGUGCGCCUCCGACUCGGAACGACUUCCGCGGCAGGGGCGCCGAGGGCCGGGGGCGGCGGGCGGGAUGAGUGCGGUGUGCGGCGGAGCGGCGCGGACGCUGCGGGUGCCGGGACGCCACGGCUACGCCGCCGAGUUCUCCCCGUACCUGCCGGGCCGCCUGGCCUGCGCCACCGCGCAGCACUACGGCAUCGCGGGCUGUGGAACCCUACUAAUACUGGAUCCAGAUGAAUCUGGGCUAAGGCUUUUUAGAAGCUUUGACUGGAAUGAUGGUUUGUUUGAUGUGACCUGGAGUGAGAACAAUGAACAUGUCCUCAUCACCUGUAGUGGCGAUGGCUCGCUGCAGCUCUGGGACACUGCCAAAGCUGCGGGGCCACUGCAAGUCCUUAAAGAACACACUCAGGAGGUGUAUAGUGUUGAUUGGAGCCAAACCAGGGGUGAACAGCUUGUGGUGUCUGGCUCAUGGGAUCAAACUGUCAAAUUGUGGGAUCCAACUGUUGGAAAGUCUCUGUGCACGUUUAGAGGCCAUGAAAGUAUUAUUUAUAGCACAAUCUGGUCUCCCCACAUCCCUGGUUGUUUUGCUUCAGCCUCAGGUGAUCAGACUCUGAGAAUAUGGGAUGUGAAGGCAGCAGGAGUCAGAAUCGUGAUUCCCGCACAUCAGGCAGAAAUCUUGAGUUGUGACUGGUGUAAAUACAGUGAGAAUUUGCUGGUGACAGGUGCAGUUGACUGUAGUUUGAGAGGCUGGGACUUAAGGAAUGUACGACAACCAGUGUUUGAACUUCUUGGUCAUACUUAUGCUAUUAGGAGGGUGAAAUUUUCGCCGUUUCAUGCUUCUGUGCUGGCCUCUUGCUCGUAUGAUUUUACUGUAAGAUUCUGGAACUUUUCAAAGCCUGACUUUCUCCUUGAAACAGUGGAGCAUCAUACAGAGUUUACUUGUGGUUUAGACUUCAGUCUUCAGAGCCCCACUCAGGUGGCUGACUGUUCUUGGGAUGAAACAAUAAAGAUCUAUGACCCUGCUUGUCUUACUAUUCCUGCUUGAGAUACACUACUGUGGUCAGAAACAGAGGAUGUUGGCUGAAGAACUGCCUAACAGCAAAUAAAUUAACUAUGGAAAACAUAGACAUUAUGCUUUUAUAUGCUAUUCAGAUUUCAAAUCUUUCCAGUUUACCAGUUUUGAGGGAGCUGAUAAAGGCUUUGGCUCACUCAUUAAGCCUGAUACAUAAGCCAUAUUUCUUAAAAUUCUAAGAAAUAAUUAAUGUUAUGGUAUAUCUUAUAAUAUCUAUUAAAAUGUAGUCUCUGGGUCAUAAAAUGGAUUAAAAUAUGGGAUCUCAGUAGGUUAUACUUAUAUAGAUAGUGAUAUAUUUCAUUUUUAAUUUGUCAUUUUUUAUGUAAAAUACAAUCACUGUUGUGAUAAAUAAACUAUAUCUGUUGAUCAUUUAUCAUUUUAUGACUUCCCCAAAAAGACUGCUCUUCCUAAUACAUUGUAUAUGUGAAUACAGUAUUAUAUGUAAUAUAGAUAUAUCUGUGGUUCAGUAACAGAACACUAGAAGAUAUUUAUUCUUUUAUUUAGUAGCUGUUUAUUGAGCAUCUACUCAGUGCUUGACACAUAGACUGAGUGAGAUUCUCUCAAGGACUGGUGCCAUGUUUUUAAGAACAUGGAAUGCUAUGAGCUAAGAGCUUACUUUUUUUUUUUUUUAGCAUUUAUUCACAUAUUUUUAGAUAUUAUACUUACAGCUCUAUAAUUUUGUCUUCCCACUUCUCUAAUAUCAAAAAUUUUUUAAACUGUCAAUUGAACACAAAGUUUUAGGUCCUACUAAGACUUCUAGCUAUUGCCCUUGAAACCAGGCCUAAGUACUGCUAUAAUGCUCCUUACCACCUCCCUAAGGUUUCUUGGAAAGCUCUAGGUGCAGAUGAACUGAAAAAAAAAAAAGUACUUUAAAGGAGAAAA